AUGAUUACAAUUACUUUCAGAUCCUUACAUAAUGAUUUAAAACGUACAUUGAGUUUUUUAGUAGUGCCAAAUAUUUCAGAUUCAGUACCGAACGAUUUGAUACCGAGAGAAAGACUCAAAAUUCCCUCUUACAUUCGCCUCGCCGACCCCGAGUUUCACAAACCUGCACCUGUCGAUAUGUUUAUUGGAUCGGGCACGACACUGUCACUCUUUUGUAUUGGCACGAUUAAUCUAUCUCAAGGCAACAAUGAUCUUAUUUUUCAAAAAACCAUGUUGGGAUGGGUGCUAGGUGAAGGCUUGAAUUUUCCCAAAACUUCCGCUCGCGGCGUCGCAAAUAAUUGCAUGUUAACAGACUUAGAAAGUAGUAUAGAAAGAUUCUGGCUUAUUGAAGAGAUACCGGAGAAAGUUCAAUUUUCAGCAGCGGAACAUGAGUGUGAGGAGCAUUUCAAAAAAUAUGUCACUCGAAAUGAAGACGGUCGAUAUGUUGUAGCACUACCCUUUAAAAAAUCUCCAGAGUUACUAGGUCAAUCAAGGUCUAUUGCAACGAAACGAUUACAAUAUUUAAUGUCUAAAUUCUCAAGGAAUGCGAAUUGUAAAGAACAAUAUAAUGCUGCAAUUCAAACCUACAUAGACUUGGGCUACAUGUCAACAGCGGAAUCAUCAGAUGACUCUGGUUACUACUUACCGCAUCAUGCCGUAAUCAAAUCGUCGAAUUCUACCACAAAGGUGCGAGUAGUUUUCGAUGCAUCGGCAAAAACUACUAGCGGUUAUUCAUUAAAUGAUUUAUUGAUGACCGGUCCCACUAUACAAGACAGUCUUUACUCUUUAGUUUUGCGAUUUUGA